CAGAGCAUGCCAAAAAAAACUCGACGGCCACAGCAGCAACCUGGCCGCCGCGUACUCCCCCUCCCCUUCGCCCCCAACCUGAAAAACCGAACAAAUCCCCCGGCUCCUCGUCCCCAUCUCCGGCCCGGCCUCCGCCUGCCCAUCUUCCCCCAUGUGGCUGCCCUGGGUGAAGACGCGCCCUUCCUCCACCUCCCCCUCCUCGACCACCUCCACCUCCUCUUCGUCCUCCACCGCGCUCAUCGCCACCGCCGCCUCCCCGCGCCUGUCCUUCUCGUCCCCUUCCCUGAAAGACCUCCAGGCGCUGCUCCUCUCCGACGCAGCCACGCCCUCCCCGCCGCCCGCCGCGCCUUGCUCCCCGUACUCCUCCACCGUCCGCGUCUUCCACCGCGUCCGCGUCGCCGCCUCGGCCCUCCGCGCGCUCCGCGCCCUCCAGGCGCCGCCGUCCGCCGGCGCCGGCGCCGACCGCCGCGUCGUGCUCUACUUCACCUCGCUCCACGUGGUCCGCAGCACCUACGAGGACUGCCGCGCCGUGCGCGCCAUCCUGCGCGGGCUCCGCGUCGCCGUCGACGAGCGCGACCUCGCCAUGGACCCGCGCUACCUCGAGGAGGUCUCGGAGCUCCUCCCGCGCCUCGCGCCCCCGCGGCGCGUCACGCUCCCGCAGGUCUUCGUCGGCGGCCGCCACCUCGGCAGCGCCGACGAGGUCCGCCGCCUCCACGAGGCCGGCGAGCUCCGCCGCGUUGUGGCCGGCGCCGUCGCCGCCUCACUCGCCGCCUGCGGCCGGUGCGGCAGCGAGCGGUACGUGCUCUGCGGCACCUGCAACGGCAGCCACAAGCGGUACAGCGUCAAGGGCGGCGGCGGCUUCCGCACCUGCGCCAGCUGCAACGAGAACGGCCUCGUCCGGUGCCCCGACUGCUCGCCGCCGGACGUCUGACGGUCCAGAUCCGAAAGGAUUUUAGUUGAAGCCUCCGGGAAAGCUCCAAGCCGGAGAUUGGACCGAUGCUUGUACUGUAGUGUGAUUCUUCUACUGCUUACCCCUGCUCUACGCUUCGAUGCUCUGCCUACUCAAAAUGACAGUGACCGUUCCCUUUGUCGGAUGCUUGUUGGUAAUCAUCGUAAUCUGACCUGCCGAACGGAAUGGCAGUGCACGUCA